CUCCUCGCCUUCAUAAACCCCUCACAGCCCAAUUUCAUAAACCCCUUCACAGUCCCAGAUUCAUAAACCUCACAGCCUGAACCGGAAAAAAACCGAAAAAACCUAAACAAGCUGACGAUCUCCAUUUACGCAUGGGAGAUCCUAAAGCGACGUCGUUGCGUUCGCUCCCUCCCGGUUGCCGAUUCUACCCCUCCGAAGAGCAGCUCCUCUGCUGCUACCUCUCGAACAAGAACGACGCCGACCCGGCCCAAUCCGGCGGCUACGAUUUGAUCAGAGAGCUCGACUUGUACGACCACGAUCCAUUUGACUUACCUGACAGCGCUUGCUAUGCGUACGGUCACGCGGGGAGGAAGAGGCACUGGUUUUGCUACACGGUUAGGGUUUUGAAGGAGAGGAGAGCGAAGAGCGGGUAUUGGAGGAGGAAAGGGAGGGAUAGGGACGUGGUGGGCCGUGGAGGGAAGGCGGUGUUGGGGAGGAGGACGAGCUUUGUAUUUUAUUUGGGGAAUUCGCCCAACACUGCUGUACGGACUGAUUGGGUUCUCUAUCAGUAUGCUCAGGUCGAUCAUGUAAAGGCUUCUUUUGUCCUGUGCCGAGUAUUUGUCAGAUCUCGUCGUGGAAAUAGACUAUCAUAUAAUUGGGUAAGUUCUUGUGCUGAAGAAAGUGCUUGCACAGUUCGUCACAUUGGAAUUCAGCAUGAUGGAUUUCAUACUCCCAAUAUUGUUGAAACUGAAGUACAUGGUGACAAUUCUGCGCAUAGGAAGAAUGAGAUGUUAAGUUUUCCAAUGAGACUGGACUGUGAGAUAAAUGACCGAGUCAAGAAUGGGCCAGUUUCUAUAUCAAGACUUCAGCCUAAUGGACAGGUCCCGUCAUCUGUGCUUGGUGGUAGUAAUCCAAUAUUUCUUGAUGAUUUGGCAACUGAGCAUUUACUUUCCAUUGUAGAGGGUGAUUUCAUAGAGUUGGAUGAUCUCAAUGAUUGAUCAUCUAAUUUAGAUGUUAAAGCAAUUGGAUCGUCCUUAUUAAACAGAGUCUUAAAGACUGACUCUCAUAGUGGUGGAUGUUUACCUUAAUUUUAAGGCUAAAUUAUCAGCUGAAGCAACUAUUCUGAGGAGCUAAAUUGUCACUUGAAACAAUUUUCCUGAUACUGUGUUUAGAUACGGUACAAAGGAUGAGAAGGGUCUAAGUACUGAAAACCCUUAACGAAACAUUAAAUGAUGAAACAUGCUGUUGGUUGUGAAGUUGAGAAGGAUGAAUGGCAUGUCAACGCCUGUAUAGAUUUGCUCUUUGCCCAAAAAGAGGCAAGGGCUUCACUGGAACAAGAAAGACUAAAAUAUGUCUGAUGAUGGUAUAUUCAAUAUCGAAGCUAUUACUAUUAGUAUCAGCUGCUUCACUGGGUUUCAAACCUGCUGCCUUGUACCCUCCUGUGGAUACUUUGAACUUACGGGAAAAUUAGAUUUUUCCAUCGUCUAGCGCCUUCCCUUCGCAAGGCCUGCUUUGCACUCUAAACUACUGGUUUUUAUUUAUUUGAUUCUCUUUCAGUACAAAGAUUGAGUAAUUUUGACAUAAUGAUGACAUUCAUUUGAUAUAUUGUCCUUUUACUAUGCAAUCUCUUGAUGCAUA